UCUUUGCAUAUAUUUUUUAUUUUGUUUUUAUUUAGAAUUUAUAUAGAAUUUUUAAAAUUUAUAUAUACGCAAUGACAUUUUAAGAUGCAUUUAAAUUAUGCUAUUGGGUUUCCUCUUAUAUCCAGUAUGCGCUUUGGAUACGUGUUCAACAAGUGUCUUCAUUAAAACAGAACAGUUGAUAACAUACUUCAAAAUCAUAAUAUUCUCGUUAAUUGACGUUUUUAGAAUAACGGUUCUAGGCACAGAGAAUCUGUGAGAACUGUACAAAUAGGAUCCAUAAUAAGAUACAAAAAACAUUAGUUUUCCUUUGUAUUUUAACUCUGUGCGUUUGAUAUGAUAUUCAGUUGUUGCAAAUACUUUAUAAGAUUGUAAGAACUGUAUUACCAUACUUCAUGUAUUUUUAAUAAAUGUUUAUAUGCUCGGUCAGAAGUGUUAAGGGCAGCAUUCAUUAUGCAUAAACCAGCCUCUCCUAAGAGGCUUAAACCGCAUAGACCUAGGUAGGUAUGAAGGGGAUCUGGCAGACAAUCAACAAACUUUCCAAAUCCUCCCACAACAUUAUCUUGAGUUUCAAGCAGGAACGCUCUAUUUUCUUCUGGAUCCGAUAAUUUAUUAACAUCAAGCAUUUGCAGAGUCGCACCCACCCAAAAACUGUAACAAGUAUCAGAAGAUUUUCCAGGUCGUCCGUGAAAGCCACUGUCUUGCCUCAUGAGACACCAUCUCUUUAGUCUAUUUAACUGAUCAUUUGUCAAUACAUUGUGAAGCUCAUUCAUGAGAAAUAGACUAGCUACUGCACAAAAUGUGGAUCCUCCGUGCGACUCAAGACCAGGUCCUUGGCCCAUUGCUCCAUCAUACGACUAUAAUCAUUGAAUAUAAUCAAUUGCUUUUGUCUUGUCGAUGCCUGACCAAUCAUUCAAAAUUAUAGAUAUGCAACAGGCACAAUAAAGAAAUCUCAUGUCACUUUCACAUCCUAUUAUAACAGCUGUAAAUGACCCAUCAGGAUUCUGACAAGCUCGCAUUCCUUCAAUGAUGGAUUUCUUGUCAACUCGACUUAAAUCAUCACCGAGAAUUAGAAGAGUAACUAAUCCGACGUAUGUCAUUGCCAAAUGACCACACUGAUAUUUUGGAGUAUCCUUUGGUAUUGUUGUCGAAGGUUGAAAACCAGAACGUGGCCCAGCACCAGUCACUUGAAGCCUAUAGAUCCAGUUUAUCGCAUCGAGUUUCGUCUCCUCGCCAAGAUCAUUCAGGCAGUUCAAUACAUCUAAUCCUGAUAUAGCAAAAAAGGCUACCGCAAGUCUAGAGCAGUCGAAUUCUGCUGCGUAUGAAUUGGGCAUGAUUUGCAAUAACCUCUGGAAAUAUCUCGCAUGCUUUUGCUUCGCUAACUGUGGCGGCAUGUUGUCACCGUUGUAUUCGUAUUCGUAUUGAAAAAAAAAAAGGAAACAAUACUUCAAUAUAUACGUAUAUUACGUAUUGAACGAUGAUGUUCCUUUCAAAUUGAUUGUGCAAUUGGGAAUUCCAUCGGAAUUGUGACAAAACCUACUAGAGAGCGCUUCAAUUUUGAACGAUAGAUGCAGCUACUGCUAGAUGGCGUGAAAAAUAUCUCGUUGAACGCACGCGUCGCCGGCAAACUAGCCCUUUCUUGCGCACGCUGGACGUUCACCGCAACACGCACCAGCCGCGAAAAUUACGCAAACUACAUACUACACCGGAUAACGGAGAUAACAAGAAACACGCAGUAAGUUAAGUUCCAAUUAACCGUAUAUAAUCUGUCCGCUUCGUGAAUACUUUCUCGCGGUAGUUUUUCUGGCUAGUACGGUAGCGCGUUGAUUUGCGCGGAGGUAGUUUGUCGGAGGACGACGCAGAGUUCUCGUGGAAGCGGCCACUGAGGGCGCAGCAUUCUUGCAUUCGUUGCGCCCGGCUCCAACAGAAUAACCAAUAGGAGCCGCGGCAGCGCCGCCAUUCUAUCGAGUUCGUGGCACGCCCUACAACUUCCUCCAUUGUCCUUCUUUCCGGGAUUCUCUGCGAGGAAGGAUGGCGCAGAACAAUUAUUUUGGGUUUACUCACGGCGGAACGCAAUAUGGAGCGACCAGCGCAGCCGCUUAUCAGACUGGUCAAGCGGGAUACGCAGUAACUCCGGCGGCGACCGCCGCUACGUACACGCAACGACCCGCUGCUGCCGCGGCCACAGGUUACGAAACGUACCAAGCGGCCGCCGCUGCAGCUGCUACUGGGACUACAUACGCUGCUGCUAACCCUGGUACUGUGGCUCAGACAUACGAUUACGGUUACGGACGUGCUGCACCAGCAGCUACAUACGACGCUGCUAAGACGUACUAUCAGCAGCCUGCUGCGGCUGCAGCAACCUAUACUACUACAGAGACACAUUAUCAAGCUGCAAAGCCCGCGUACAGUACAACCAGCGCAUACACGGGUACCGCGAGGCAAGCUACUACAACUGGUCAAGCAAAAACCUACCAGGCUUCGAGCACAGCUUACCAACAGUCUAACCCUACUCAAAGUGCUACUUAUUCUUCGGGAUAUACAGCUCCUGCUACACCCGCGGCUACACCAUCGACAGCUACAAAUAAAACGGCGAGUACAACGUAUUCCGGCUACGACGCAGCGCUAUAUAGCGCUGCGACUAUGUAUGUAGCCCAACAGAGCGCAAACAGCAAUUCGACUAACCAGAAGACUGGAGGUUGGCAGGGCUACGGACGGAAGGGAUUUGGCACUGGAGGGGGAGGAAUGAAGGCAAUGCGGCCCAAGCAGCCCCCUAAGCCUCAACAACUACACUAUUGCGAUGUCUGUAAGAUCAGCUGUGCCGGACCACAAACGUACCGUGAGCAUCUGGAGGGUCAGAAACAUAAGAAGAAGGAAGCCUCUCUGAAAGUACCGCAACAACCACCGGCACGUGGAGCAGGCAACAGUCUACGUUGCGAGCUUUGUGAUGUCACUUGCACUGGAAAUGAUGCUUAUGCUGCUCACAUUAGGGGAGCUAAACAUCAAAAAGUUGUUAAAUUACACACUAAACUUGGAAAACCGAUACCGAGCGCAGAUCCAACUGUUUUGAAUCCAAAACCAGCAGCGGCAGCUAAAACUACAGGAACUAAGAAGCCAACAGUAACGGCUACUCCUAAGAUUAACUUUGUUGCUUAAUCAAACCGUGGAAAUAAAAACGGAAGAGGCUGCGGCGGAAGAAACUGUUGAAGAAGCAGCUGUUGAUGAAAAAGAUAUUCAACCAGUUGGUCAAGAAUAUAUAGAGGAGAACAAGUCUGAAGAUGGAAAAAUUAUAAGCUUUAAUUGUAAGCUUUGCGAAUGCAGAUUUAAUGACCCCAAUGCCAAAGAUAUGCAUAUGAAAGGAAGACGGCAUAGGUUCGCUUAUAAGAAGAAGGUUAAUCCUGAUUUAGUUGUUGAUAUGAAACCAAGUCUGAAGCAAAGAAAAAUGUUAGAAGAAAAAUUACGUAGACAACAAAUGCGAGAUGAAUACUUGCGCCGUAGAGAAGAAAUAAAUCAAUUGGGACCUAUGGGUCCAAUGAUGGAUGAAGAAAUGAUGUAUUGGGAAGAAAGACGACGCUAUGAAGAAGAAUGCGAAUAUUAUGAGUGGUAUCGACGCUACGGACGUGGACCUGGAGCUCCACCGAUGCCACGUCCUUUCCCGGGACCACCACCAAUGAUGAUGUUUCCUGGCCCUCAAAGGAGGCCAGAUUCAUCAGAUGACAAACAUGUAUUAGCUCAUCAUACUACCAUUUAUCCUAAAGAGCAGGAACUGCUGGCAGUUCAAAAAAUUGUUUCUCAUACUGAAAAAGCUUUGAAGUUUGUGUCUGAUACAUUGGCAGAAGCUGGUAAGAAAACAACACCACCUAUUACCAAUGCUACACCAACGACCCCAACCACAACUGCUCAACAACCUCAACAGCAGCAACCACAACAAAACGCAGAUAUGGUAAAGAUUAAAGAAGAUCCAGAUAAGAAGAAAACUACAACACCUCAAAAAGAAGAUGGCAGCGAUGGUAAUCUGUUUUCAUUUCAAAAAGAAAAAGAAGAUUCAAGGAUAUUGAGAGGGGUAAUGCGUGUUGGCAAUUUAGCAAAGGGACUUCUAUUGUCUGGUGAUAAUCACGUUUGUCUUGUGGUUCUGUGUGCAGAAAAACCAACACGAUCACUGUUAAACAAAGUUGCUGAGAUACUUCCAGCACAGUUAAAGAUUGUAGCUCCAGAAGAUACUUACAAUGUUGGAAAGCAUCCAGAGUCAGCUGCAUUAACUGUUUCAGGAGGCAGCGUGACCGUUAGCGUAACACUCACCAGUCCUUUAAUGCGCGAAACGCCUAAACCAGCUGCUGCUGCAGAAAGCAUCUUUUAUUUUCAUGCUAUUUUCUUGAAUAAUGUGAUUUAUGAAUUUUGUUUGUUCUUUUCAUGGCCCAAAAGCUUCUUUGUAAAUUCUUUUAAACAGGAUGAUGCAGGGGCAGCCAAGGACUUCAACGGUUGCCAGUGUAUAUACGCUCUAACAUGCAAAAUUCCUUUUCUUUUCAAUACAGCCGCAAUCUAGUGUGUCCACGACUAAGUAUAAUUUACAUUUUUAAAAAGUAUUAAUAUUAAAAACUAUAAGAGCGUAGAUAGAGACACAUUAACAACCAUUUUUUAACGGAAAAGAGAGAGCGUAAACUUGAUACGAUUAGACGUCGCUUUUCUUCGUUUUAAUUUAAUUUGUAGUAGUACAUUUAAGUUCUGUCGAUAAUAGUUAA